AGCAACAACAGUUUCGCUGAUUAUGAAAAAACAAAUCACUUGUCGGCAAUCCAAAGUUUGUUAUAGGAGCCUGUUUAACAAUACAUUCGCUCAACCCUAAUACCUGCGUCGCUUCGCCAUGAGGCUUCUUUUCAUCUUUGCCCUCUGGGCAACCUUUCUACAGCAGCUAAUUACAUGCAACGACUUCACCGGAUACAGAUUCGAAGAAGACUAUUGGAGAGAAAUAGCAACGGAUGCAUGGCAUGUCUAUUACAAAGACUACAGAAAUGGCGAAUGGCCAGUAGUGGUGGCCGAGGUCAGCAGAUGGCCCAGCACUCUCACCGUUUUACAAGAAGUAGAGCAAAGCCACUGGGACCGUAACGGGGACAAAGCACUCACACUCGACGAAAUUCUUGCGAAAUUAUGGGACUGGAAAGGUAACAAAUCGCCGCCUUCAAAGCUCUAUUAUAAGGAUGCCAAUCGUAAAGGCAUCAUUGAAGCAGCUACUACUGCACGGGAGCUACGAAACAAGAAGAAAUCAUCCUUUGAGAUUAGGCCAGAACACAAAGAGGCAUGGAAGGUUAUGAUGAAAAGCAGAUAUGGGGAGGUUGCCUAUGAUCUUGCCCAACAUUACGGCAUACAUGUUUCGUCAAUCUCAUUUGAAAGGAAAGAGUAUGAAAGUUUUGAGGACAUUACCUUUUACUUUAAGGAGAAGUGUACAUCCUGCGGGGGUGAACAUACCCCAGGAAAAAAAGGCGGCAAAAAAGGCGGCAAAAAAGGCGCCUAA